GGUGUCCAACAAAAACACUCCAGGGUUAUCAAAAGAACCCAAAAUUGGCAGUCCCCCCAGUGACACCCCCUCUGUUCUCCGAGUGGCACUAGGAGUAGGCAGACUGAUAUCUCUCCUCAUUUUAAUAUUUUAUAGGAUGCCACUGCCAACCAGUACUUUCCACUGUGAGUGGCUAAUAAUAAGCGAGUCUGAGUGUAGCAAAUCCUCUUCAUCUCUGUCCGAGUAUAAUUGUAAAUCCAGUCCCGGAUAACAUUUGCUUGCAUACACUUUUGAGUUCGGUUUUCUGUACAGAUCAAUCAGUAUAUUAAUCAUUGUAUCACCAUCUGCAACUGUGGCCGAUCCCACCGUCCCUCCCCACCUACAGUCACCACCCAACACCAGAACAUGGCCGCCUCAACAACCAGCUGCCGCUAUCACCCACCACCACUCAACACCCAUUCACCCUGUUUUCCCACCUGAUCACCAAAUCGGUAUGCUUGGUCUCCACAACAUCCUCCUCAUAGCUUCUUCUCAACAGACCCAAAACCCACACACCAUUUCCUCAGAUCACCACCACAACAACCACCCACCUAAUUUGAGCAAUAAAGAUUGCAACUUUAAUGGUUCAAUCAAUCCUUGGAGUCUAAAGAAGUGUCAAGAAUUGAGUAUUGCUAGGAAAGAUGUCGGCUUGAGUGUGGGAGAUGAGAGUAGUGUGUCUUUGGGGACGUGUACGGACUGUGGGAAUAAGUCCAAGAAGGAGUGUAAGUAUAGGAGGUCUAGGACUUGUUGCAAGAGCCGAGGGUAUGAUUGUUCCACUCACGUGAAGAGCACAUGGGUGCCGGCGUCUAGGCGCCGGGAGAGGCACCAGGUCAGUGGUGGCGGCCGAGGGUCUUCUGGGUCUUCUUCAGGUGGUGUUAAAAGGCCAAGAAUUGUGUCAUCGCCGCAGAAUGUGACUACAACUACUACUUCCAAUAGCUUAUCGUCUAAUGCUGCUGCUGCUCCGGCUUCUUUGUGCUUUGACACUGGGUCUAGUCACCAAGUCCCUUCCUGGGAAAGUUAAAGCCCCAGCUGUCUUCAGGUGCAUUAGAGUGAGUGCCAUUAGUGAUGAGGAAGCUGAAGUUCUCUACCAGGCUACGGUGAAUAUUUGUGGCCAUGUUUUCAAAGGAUUUCUCUAUAAUCAAGGGGUUGAUGAGAAAAAG